AGUGAAAAGUUUAAUCAGUCGACAAUUGCAACUCUCUAGAGACGGAUCAUUACGAAGAAUUGAGAAAUUUUUUCAAGAAAAUAUUCGUUCAGAUUAUUUUGAACAAGUGACUUUGAUUUGGUAGCAAUAAUGUUUGUGUUAAAUUAUUUUCUAGUUCUAGCGCUGUGUUUCAUUCUUUUAAUCAACGCACAUUUAAUUCAAAGCUCUGAUUCAGACCCGGCUGAUGAAUUAGUUUUCGCCCAUAUUUUAUUUCGUCACGGAGAUAGAAAUAUUAUAAAUACAUACCCAACUGAUCCACACAAGGAUGAAUCCAACUGGCCGGGUGGUUACGGUCAACUUACCAAUAUCGGACGACAACAGCAUUUCGAGUUGGGAGCCUAUCUACGCAAGAGAUAUUUUAGUCUCAUUGUCAACAAUGGUUCAUAUCAUAAAGACAACAUCUAUGUGAGAAGCACCGAUGUUGAUCGAACACUGAUGUCAGUGUCACAUAUGUUGGCCGGCAUGUACCCACCGAAGGACGAUCAAAUAUGGAAUAAAACGCUCUUAUGGCAAGCAAUACCAAUACACACAAUGCCGGAGGAUACUGACCACGCUUUGGGUAUGAAGGGGGAUUGCCCUCUGUAUGAUCAAGCAUACGAAGAGUACCAGCAAUCAAAUGAAGUUCUAUUGAUGCUUAAAAACAAUAAAACGCUGAUUCAGUAUUUAGAAAAAUAUACCGGGAAAAAUAUUAGCAAAAUUUGCGAUGUGAAAUCAGUCUAUCAAGCACUGUGGGUAGAAAACUUGAAGAAUUUCACGCUUCCAGCCUGGACGGAUAAAGUGUUUUACGUCGGCAGCGAUAUGGAAAAACUCGCUAAAUUCUGUUUCAAAAUGCGAACGAAUACAAAACAAUUGGCUCGUUUGAAGGCCGGUUUCUUUGUACGAGAAAUUUUGGAACGUUUUUCAGAGAAGAAGAACGCAACACUGUCCCCUGAUCGCUCUCUUUGGCUUCAUUCAGCUCAUGACACCACAAUUGCCAAUGCUUUGAAUGCGUUGGGUUUGUUUGAGCCACCACAAAUUCCUAUUUACGCGUCAUGUGUGUUCUUUGAGCUGCAUAAAUCCAACGGUAAAUUCCAUGUGGAAAUAUUUCACAAAUCAUAUCGUGGAGAUGAUCUAGUUCCACUCCAGCCAUUAUUCAUUCCGAACUGUGGCCAAAAGUGCCCGUUGGAAAAACUGUACGAGAUUUACAAAGAAAUUUUACCAACGGAAGAUUUCAGCGUUGAGUGUCAUGUGCCAGAAAAAAAAGUUGUGGAAAUAUCAAAAGGCACCACCAAAACAGCUUAUGCAAACGGUUCGAAUAAAAGUCUCCCCUUGCCCGGCAGUAUCCCCGUCCGUUUGUCGUUACAUAAACUAGCGGUGAUUCCACUGAAUUGUCACCGGAUAUUUUUUGUCUUUUCGACAAUGUUAGAUCUAAAGUCGAUAGCUGCACUAUUAUUGUGUCUACAAUUAGCAGCGAGUAGACUAAACAUUGAUUCGGAGGCGGCUGAUGAUGAGGAAUUAAUAUUCGCACACGUUAUUUUUCGCCAUGGCGAUAGAAACCCGUUGGAGAGUUAUCCCAAAGACCCAUGGAUCGAUGAAUCCAACUGGCCUGAAGGAUAUGGUCACCUAACUAAUAUUGGAAAGCGACAACAUUAUGCGUUGGGCAAAUUUUUUCGCAAAAGAUACUCGAGUUUGCUCGGAAACGGUUCAUAUUCACCCAAUACGGUGUACAUUCAGAGCACUGACAUUGAUCGAACAUUGAUGAGCGCUGCAUCGAACAUGGCUGGACUUUUUCCCCCAAGUGACGAUGAACUAUGGAAUCCAAAUAUCGCUUGGCAACCCAUACCCAUACACACCAUUCCAAAACGAUUCGACUAUGUUGUCAACGGCGAAACAUAUUGUCCUCGUUUCAAUGAAGCCUUCGAAAAGUACACACAAACGCCCGAGUAUCGGAAUAUUUUCAUAAAGUAUAGGCCUUUUAUUGACUAUUUAGAAAAAAAUACCGGACUAUCGAUUCAUGAUCUCAUUGCCAUCCAAACUCUAAAUAAUACACUUUUUAUACAAAGUAUAAAGAAUAAAACUUUGCCGGAUUGGACGAAGCCAGUGUUUGUGGCCGGUGGUGAUUUGGAAAUGUUGACAAAUUUGUGCUUUGCAUUGAAUACAACUACACCUGUGUUGGCCCGCUUGAAAAUUGGGUUUCUGUACCGUGAAAUACUCGACCGUUUUGAUCAGAAAAUUGCAUCCGAAUUGACACCGAAUCGUACUCUCUGGCUUUACUCUGCUCACGAUUCAACCAUAGCCAGUGUUUUGAAUAGCAUCGGACUGUUCAAGCUGCACAGUCCGCCAUACGCGUCUAGUCUUCUGAUCGAAUUGUAUAAGCAGAAAAAUGAAUUCUACUUCCAAAUAUUCUACCGAACAUCAGACACUGACAACCCAUUGCCAUUAGAGAUUCCAUUGUGUGGGACGAAAUGUUCAAUUAAAAAAUUCCGUCAAGCGUAUAAAGAAAUCAUUCCGAUCGGAAGCUAUGAAGACGAUUUACCCCUUUGGGCGGAGGAAGAGUUUUUGGAGAAAAGUGACUUUGAAUGGGUUGCAAAUCAUUAUUUUCAAAUUCCAACCAAUACAUCAUUGUUGGCUCGUCUAAGCAAUGGAUUUUUUAUUCGAGAAAUCUUGGAGCAUUUUGAGCAGAAAAUAAACGGAAGUCUAUCACCAAACCGUUCUCUAUUUCUUUAUUCAGCCCACGAUUCAACCAUAGCCAAUGUUUUGAAUAGCCUGGGCCUUUUCGAUCCACACAAUCCACCGUAUGCGUCGAGUGUCUAUUUUGAGUUGUACCAAUCAAACGAUGAGUACUACAUGCAAAUAGUCUACAGAAAUACAAGCGACGAGAAUCCAUUACCAUUGGAAAUCCCAAAUUGUGGCACGAAAUGUACGUUAAAGCAAUUCAAGAGCAUCUACAGUGCAAUCAUACCAACUGAGACGUUUGAAGAAGAAUGCCAAUUACCGUUGUAUUUGCGAAUUUUGGAAGGAAAUGACAUUAUCGUAUCGUAUCAAUGGGUCAUUGUUAUGAUUUGUAUUAAUAUUCGUUCGCAUCAAACAUUCAUAUUUACAUUUUAUUCAUCAUUUCAUGAAUUAAAAAUUAGAAAUAAUUACACAAUGUUAGAUGUUAGAAAUUUUUUUGUUAUUUUGCUAUUGUCGUGCGUUGAUUCUAUUACGUGCAAUAUCACCGAUAUCACAAAUGAAGGCCAGCUGGUGUUCGCACAUGUUAUUUUUCGUCAUGGUGACCGAACGCCAGUCGACCCAUACACAAAUGAUCCAUGGAAAGACCGAAUUUAUUGGCCUGAAGGUUACGGACAGAUAACAAAUAUUGGAAAAGACCAACACUAUCAUUUGGGGCGGUUUUUCCGGAAAAGAUACGAACAAUUGCUAGGCAAUGGCGAAUACUUACGAGAUAUUGUAUAUAUUCAAAGCACUGAUGUAGAUCGCACACUGAUGAGCGCUGAAUCAAAUCUGGCCGGACUUUUUCCGCCCGAUGGCAAUCAAAUGUGGAAUCGUGACAUAAAAUGGCAGCCCAUUCCUAUCCACACAACUCCAGAAGUUUUGGAUACGACUUUAGCCGCUAAAAAACCGUGCGCUCAAUACAAUAAAGCCUUAAAAAAAUACCAAAGUUCACCAGAGUUUCAAGCCUUGCUCAAGAAUUACAAGCCACUGUUUCAGUAUUUAGAAGAAAAUUCCGGUUCGCCAAUCAAGACAUUUGAUCAGGCACAGUAUUUGUACAAUACACUAUGGAUUGAAGAUUUGAAGAAUUUUACCUUGCCGGAUUGGACGAAAAAAGUAUUUCCAGGCGGCGAUUUAAAAUGGGUUGCCGAUCGGUCAUUUCAAGUGCAAACCAAUACACCAACCUUGGCUCGUUUAAAAUCCGGGUUUUUGCUUCGCGAGAUCUUAGAUCGUUUGAGCCAAAAAAUUGAAUCAAAACUAGACCCCAAUCGCUCUCUAUGGCUAUAUUCAGCCCACGAUACGACUGUGGCCAAUAUUCUCAAUAGUCUGGGACUCUUCGAGCCACCACACAGCCCACCGUAUGCAGCCACCGUGCUGUUUGAGUUGUAUAAAACGGGUGAUAAUUUUUACAUUCAAUUAUUUUAUAAAAAUUCAACCAACGAAAUUCUAUCGCCAUUGAAUAUUCCAUCGUGUGGAGUGAAAUGUUCGCUUGACGAUUUUCGUCGUAUUUACGCGUCCAUCAUCCCAACUGAUACGUAUGAAAAGGAAUGUGAAGUGUCACUGAUGUCAAUGACCUAUACUGAUGUUGAAUUUCGUGGUCUAGACGGCAGUUGGAUUGCGCUAAUUUUACUGUUUCUCAUUCUAUUGGUCGUCGUCACAAUAUCAUGGAAAAUGUUCCAACAAGAACGAAAUGAGCAAUGGUACCACCGAAUCUAAUUUAGUACUUAUCAUCUUUCUCGUCACAAAAGAACAAAAACAACAAACAAAAAUUUGAUUUCACACGAUGCCAUACAAAUCAUAUAUCAAUCAUACGAAUCAAAGUUUAAGCCGUUUUUUUCUUUCAUUAAGAGUCGUUGCAAGUCAUAGGUUUAUAUUUUUUGAAUCGACUGUUACCACAGCUCUUUAGAAGCUAUUAUCAAUUAAACAUACGAAAAUAAAAAAUUUUGAUAAAAAGAAA